AUGACGAUGAAGAAGAAGAAGACGAAGCUUUGUUGCAGAUACUGUAACAAGAAGUUCUCCAGUUACCAAGCUUUGGGUGGACAUCAGAAUGCACACAAAGCAGAAAGAGCAGCAACACAGAGAGAAAAGAUUCUGAACAUGGCUUCUGCAUAUGACAGAAGUUCUUAUGUUGGUGGUUUUGUUGAUUCAAAUUAUGGAUUGAGAGAAAAAUCAUGUGGGGUGUCACCAAUUUCCAUGACUCGUUUCAAGCCACAUUUUGAAGUCAAACAUGAUCAUCAUCAAUGGUCAGGGCAAUACACUUUGGAUUAUGUUCAAGCCACCAUUCAAAGGUUGCAGACUUUGAAUGGUGAAGGGAGUGGAUUUCAUCAGCAUCACAACUCAUAUCAACCUUUGAUUUUUUCUGUUCUUGGAGGUGAAAAACCAAAUUCAGGGUCGUUGUAUGAUACUGGUUUAUCUUAUAAGGGAAAAGAUUCUGCAAUGAUAUCUCAGAAUGAAAUCACACAGAAUAUUACAAAGAAUUCUGGUGAAGAAAAUGGUUUUUCUCCAAUGGCUGCUGCUACUUCCAAUGGAGUGGUGGAGGAACUUGAUUUGACUCUCAGGAUUUGA